CUCAAACAAAAAACUGAAUAUCAUUCGUUCUGAUAAUUAAAGUUAUUAUUUGUCUGAUAGUCUCCAUUGAUUCUUCAAUUUCUUCCAAGUUCUAACGCUUUGUGUUUGUUCUGUUCUCUGUAAAACAAAUAAACAAGCAUCUUUUUUUUUUUUUUUUUUUACUGCGAGUUUAGUAAAAUGUCUGCUAUACUUGAUUUAAAUCUUGGCUGCAUGGACUCGAUAAUGCAGCUCAAGUCCAUCACUAACCUUAGUAGAAAAAGAUGGCACUUGGCUUUUGCAGCUAUCUACUCUUCAAGAGCCUUUUCUCAUCUCAAAAGAUCAUCGAAAUCUCGUAGAUAUGAUCCAGUUCCGAAGGAAAAUAGUGCUGUGGAUAUUUUUCCACUGUCUUUUGGUAAUGUGAGCCAGUCUAGCCUCAAGCGAUUGGUCAAGGAUAAGGACCUGGAGCACCUGGAGAGUCUCGGUGGUGUAGAGGGCUUGGUUUCCGCUCUUGAAACAGAUAUGGAGAAUGGUAUUCAUGCAGAUUCUGAUGAUAUUUCGCGAAGACAGGAGGCCUUUGGGGUUAAUACGUAUCCCAGGAUGCCUGCGAAGAGUUUCUUUAGCUUUGUUGUGGAAGCAUUGAAAGAUCCAACCAUUCUCAUUCUCCUAGUGUGUGCUGCGCUUUCUCUUGGUUUUGGAAUGAAAGAAGAUGGACCGAAAGAGGGGUGGUACGACGGUGGGAGUAUAUUUGUUGCAGUUUUUCUAGUGAUAUCAGUCUCUGCAAUUAGUAAUUUCAGGCAGAGCAGACAAUUUGACAAGUUGUCGAAGGUCAGCAAUAAUAUUCAGGUGGAGGUUGUUAGGAAAGGCAGGCGUCAACAGAUUUCAGUCUUUGAUAUUGUCGUGGGAGAUGUCGUUUGCUUGAAGAUUGGUGAUCAAGUGCCUGCAGAUGGACUUUUUGUCGAGGGUCAUUCUCUACAGAUUGACGAAGCAAGCAUGACAGGGGAAAGUGAUCAUGUGGAAGUUAAUCUUGACAAAAAUCCUUUUCUCAUUUCGGGUACGAAAGUGGCUGAUGGAUAUGCAAAGUUCGUGGUCACUUCUGUUGGCAUGAAUACAACAUGGGGAGAGAUGAUGAGUUCAAUUAGUCAGGAUUCUAGUGAAGAAACGCCCCUCCAAGCCCGGCUCAACAAACUCACCUCAUCAAUAGGUAAGAUUGGUUUAGCAGUAGCUUUUCUAGUACUUCUAGUCUUGUUGAUAAGGUUUUUUACUGGGAAUACUAAAGACGAUGAUGGAAAGACUGAGUUCAACGGAAGCAAGACUAAGGCUGAUGACGUGAUUAAUGGUGUUGUGGGGAUAAUUGCUGCUGCAGUCACCAUUGUAGUGGUCGCGAUACCUGAAGGAUUGCCCUUGGCAGUCACCCUUACACUUGCUUACUCCAUGAAAAGAAUGAUGGCUGAUCAGGCUAUGGUGAGGAAGUUAUCUGCUUGCGAGACUAUGGGCUCUGCCACAACUAUUUGUACUGAUAAAACAGGUACUCUCACAAUGAACCAAAUGAAGGUAACUAAGUUUUUCCUUGGACAUGACUCUAUGGGAGACAGGAGUUUUACUUCUAUUGCUUCUGGCAUCAUUGAAUUGUUUUACCAAGGAGUUGGUUUAAACACAACUGGGAGUGUGUACAAGCCUAAUGCAGGAUCCGAGUUGGAGUUUUCAGGUAGUCCUACUGAAAAGGCAAUUCUUUCCUGGGCAGUCAUGGAAUUAAAUAUGGAUAUGGAGGAACUGAAAAGGAGUACAAAACUUAUACAUGUGGAAGCAUUCAACUCAGAGAAGAAGAGAAGUGGAAUUCUAAUGAAGAAAAGUGGAGACAACACUAUGCAUGUGCAUUGGAAAGGAGCUGCAGAGAUGAUAAUAGCAAUGUGUACACACUAUUAUGAUUCACUUGGAAAUAUUAAAGUGAUAGAUGAUACUCAAAGGGAGAAAUUUGAUCUACUUGUUCAAGGAAUGGCUGCAAGUAGUCUCCGGUGCAUAGCAUUUGCACAUACACAAGUUUCUGAACAUGAAUGGUCUCACGGGAAUGGCAAACUAAAAGAAAACAGCUUGACCCUCUUGGGUCUAGUUGGUAUAAAGGAUCCGUGUCGACCUGGUGUGUGGAAAGCUGUCCAAGAUUGUCAACAUGCUGGCGUGCAUGUAAAGAUGAUUACCGGAGACAACGUUUUCACUGCCAAAGCAAUAGCCACUGAAUGCGGGAUACUGAAGAUUGACCAGGACAUGGAUGGAGCAGUGGUUGAGGGUGUGGAAUUUAGGAACUACACCCAAGAGGAGCGAAUGGAGAAAGUUGAUAAAAUUUGUGUGAUGGCAAGAUCGUCACCUUUUGACAAGCUUUUAAUGGUGCAAUGCCUCAAACAGAAGGGCCAUGUAGUUGCAGUAACGGGAGAUGGGACAAAUGAUGCACCUGCACUUAAGGAAGCCGAUAUUGGUCUUUCAAUGGGAAUCCAGGGCACUGAAGUCGCAAAGGAGAGCUCAGACAUCGUUAUAUUGGAUGAUAAUUUUGCCUCUGUGGCAACUGUUUUGAGAUGGGGAAGAUGUGUUUACAACAACAUCCAGAAAUUUAUUCAGUUCCAGUUAACAGUAAAUGUGGCUGCUCUUGUAAUCAACUUUGUGGCAGCUAUAUCAUCUGGAGAAGUUCCAUUAACAGCAGUCCAGUUACUUUGGGUGAAUCUCAUUAUGGACACGUUGGGCGCUCUGGCGCUUGCUACUGAACAACCAACCAAGGAGCUUAUGGACAAGCGCCCUGUGGGUCGUACAGAGCCUCUUAUAUCGAAUAUAAUGUGGAGGAACCUCAUAGCUCAAGCCUUGUAUCAGAUUGUAGUACUCUUGACAUUGCAAUUUGGAGGGGAAAAGAUUUUCAAUGUGAACGAAAAGGUAAAGGACACUUUGAUUUUCAACACCUUUGUGCUUUGUCAAGUAUUCAACGAGUUCAAUGCAAGGAAGCUAGAAAAGAAGAAUGUUUUCGAGGGGAUACACAAGAACAAGCUGUUUCUAGGAAUUAUUGGGAUCACAAUUGUUCUCCAAGUUGUGAUGGUAGAAUUUCUAAAGAAGUUUGCAGAUACAGAGAGAUUGAACUGGGGGCAAUGGGGAGCAUGUAUUGGUAUAGCUAUUCUAUCUUGGCCUAUCGGCUUCCUGGUAAAGUAUAUACCUGUCCCAGAAAAACCGUUCUUCAGCUUUCUGAAGGGAAGAACUUGAAGGACAUCUUCAUGGAAAACAUAUUAAGAUCUUGUUGAAGUUUGUUAAAGCUUGCUGUAUAUAUUUAUUUUUUAAAUAAAUUCCUUCGAGUCUUCUCUUAA